CUGUCAUAUAAAAGUCGAAAUUCGGAAUCUGAAAUUCUGAAUUUAUUGCAUAAUUUCUAUCAAGCAAGCUUAUAAAAUAUUUUUAAACUGAAAUAAUUUGCCAGUUGAUUUGUUGCAGCCGUCUCACUACUUUUCAUUUACAAAAAAUGUUUGCCACACGUCGAAUUGGAAGUUUUAUUCGUAUUGCCGGUGCCUCACGCCAAAAACAUACGCUGCCCGACCUUCCGUAUGAAUAUAGUGCUCUAGAACCGGUGGUCAGCCGGGAAAUAAUGAGUCUUCAUCAUAGCAAGCAUCAUGCUACAUACGUGAACAACUUGAACGCAGCUGAAGAAAAAUUGGUCGAUGCUCAGUCCAAAGGUGACAUCCAGACUGUGAUUGGUCUGGCCCCAGCCCUCAAAUUCAAUGGAGGGGGUCACAUCAACCAUACCAUUUUCUGGCAGAAUCUCUCCCCUAAUGGUGGUAAACCCUCAGAUCAACUCGUCCAAGCAAUCGAAAAAGACUUUGGCUCGUUUGAAAACAUGAAGAACCAAUUGGCAGCUGCAUCUGUGGGUGUGCAGGGUUCUGGUUGGGGAUGGCUGGGCUACAACAAGCAGAUGAAAAAGUUGCAGAUUGCAACCUGCCAGAACCAAGAUCCCCUGCAAGCUACCACUGGUCUAGUCCCGUUAUUCGGCAUCGACGUUUGGGAACACGCUUACUACCUCCAGUACAAAAACGUGCGGGCUGACUAUGUGAAAGCCAUCUUUGACGUUGCCAACUGGAAAGACGUCUCUAGCAGAUAUGAGAAUGCAUUAAAGUAAAAAUAAUCUCAGCAUUUAUAGGAUAAAUAAAGUCUUUAAUACCUUGCACGCACUGAUCACACACGGUGAUAGCUUGCGUUAGAUUGUGAUAAUAAGUUAUAUAAAUAAAUACAGUAUGC